AACAUCACAUUCAUAAUUUCAUACUCUCAUAACUAAAAAAAACUUCUCCCUCUUAACAUCCGCCCUAACCCCCAACUCCCACCAAACAGAAAAUGACCGAACUAGACAAACCUAAAUCCUCCGGCCACCCUCCUCCGCCGCAAUCCCAACCCUUGCCACCUCCUCAGUACGGUACUUUCCAAGGUGUCUCUAACUUCCCUGCCGUCGGCUUCCCUCAACCCGUCCCUCCUCCCGGCUCCGAUCCCUCCGCCCCUCCCUAUUACCCUCACGCUCACGGCUACCAAGCUUAUCCAGGUUAUGUAGUUGCUGAAGGAAGACCUGUGAGAGAAAGGCGACUAGGGUGUUGCGGUAUUGGUUGUGGCUGGUGCCUGUUUAUAUUGGGUUUCUUCCUCGGUGCUAUCCCGUGGUAUGUUGGGGCGAUAAUUAUGCUCUGUUCCAGGGUAGACUCUCGAGAGAAGCCUGGAUACAUUGCCUGUAUAGUUGGUGCUGUUGUGGCUACAGUUGCUAUCGUCCUUGGAGCAACAGAUUUAGCAGAUGUAUGGUAAUCCUCAUAUCAAGAGUUGUAAAUGUUUUUGCUAGACUCUGUAACUAAGCUGUACUAAAACUUGUGUCUCAGAUACCAACCAUAUAUACAUGUUCAUUGAAAGAUGAUAUCUUACGUGUAUCUUGUAAUUUGUAUUGUUUGAUUUUGUACAAACUUGUCCUGAUUCAUACCAAACUGAAACAUAAAGCAAAACUUCUUUGCUCUAA